AUGGCUGUUCUAUCGCUUGCGAGGAGGAGUUUCAGGGAAGACGUCGACGAUGCCAUGGCUUUGAAUUCCCCUCCGCCGGUCACGGUACAUCUCGGCGCUGGAGAUGUGGGUUGGAGAGCUCUCGGUCCAGCCAUUGCGUUUGGUGUUCUGGCUACGACUGUCGUGGCUCUGAGGUGGUAUACGAGGUGCAAUCUGGUGAGGAAUAUUGGGCUGGACGAUUGGGUCAUCUUGCUUUCCCUAGUGGGUAUUCGCAAUUGUUUGCUUCUCGACGCAAAUGCUAAGCUAGCACAUCAGGCUCUCUCCUGGACCAUGUGCGGUUUGAUCGGAGCCGAAGUACACAUGGGCAUCGGCAAUUACAGCACUGCCAACGGCGCUGUCGAUACUAUCAUGGUCGCCAAGCUCAUCGUCACCUGCAACAGCAUCUGGGCCGUCACCGUCAGCAUCACGAAGGCCUCCAUCUUGACGCAGUACCUACGAGUCUUCAACGGACGCACCACCCGUAUGUGCUGCUGGCUUCUGUUAUUCUGCCUCCUGCCAACCACAUGCUGGGGAGUCUUCGGCGGCGUCUUCCUCUGCAAGCCCGCUGCGAAGUUAUGGAACGUGCAACUCCCAGGCCACUGCAGAGAUGCGCAAACAUACUGGGUCUCUGUCGGCGCGGUCAACAUUGGCUUGGACUUCUUUACCUUGCUUCUCCCCCUACCGGCCAUAGCGGGAUUGCACCUGCCUCGAAGGCAGAAACUUGCCACUCUGCUGGUCUUCCUUCUUGGCUUCGUCGUGUGCGCUGUCAGCGUCAGCCGCCUCACUACCGUCCUUGUCGCUGCCGAGCAAGGCGAUUACAUCAUGUCUGGUAUCUGGUCCAUCAUCUGGUCCGUCAUCGAAGCCAAUGUCGGCAUCAUCUGUGCUUCACUGCUGGCAUUGAAGGCUUUUGUCGUCAAGAUGUUUCCGACUCUGAUGGAAGAGUGUGAAGUUCCGGGCCAUCAGAUGCGGAUUGCCAAGAUUCCGUCGAUCUCGAAUGAGGAAGUCGAGACGACGAGUGAGAGGCUCAGUAUGCCGCCGAUGGGCUGCACAGGGCAGGUUAUGAGCCCUCCGAGUGCUGGCAGUGAAGUGCUGUCAGAUGCUAGGAACGAUACGACGAUCGGUCUCGAGCAGAUGCUGGGCUUGGAGCGGCUUCAGUGGAAGGUCGAACAGCGAGGUCAGGGCACCUGA